GCGCGAAGCAUUAAUUGUUCCAGCGAGAAUUUAAUUGCAUCGCGAAUAGCUGAACGUAUUUUCAUUUACAGAGUCGGCAUAGCGAUGCUUGUUAAAAAACAUCUCGAUCGAUGGGCGUGAAAGCGAGAAAAGCGAAAAAUCAGCUGAGCGGCGUGAAUAAAUUUAAAAGCCCGAUUGUCGUCAACGGCGCUGCACGCAGUAUGCUACGGCCCUGGCGUCGAGACGUUGUGCAUCGGCGCAAUCGGCGGCUGCGCAUCGCGCCUUUCUUGAUGCGACAAUAAUGCACCUGCAACAUGGCGUUCUCUCUCUCUCUCUCUCUCCCCUAAGAUUGAAAUCGACCUGGGCAACGGGGAUUUAACUCGCCCGCCGAUUUCCAGUUCCUCUUACCGGUCGUCUUUCUAACCUCGAAUACGUAGACUGAAAUGAUUUUGAGGAAAAAUGAAAUUUCAGGUGGAUGGAUUUCGCGAAUUUCUCUCGCGAAAUGGACAAUUUCUCUGGAAAACGAUAUGAGAUAUAUGGAAGGAGAGGGCCCAACGGGCAAAGCUGCAACAGUAGUCGAGUCAGCGCCAUCUUUAUUGCUCACGUAACGGUUUGUUGCUGGCGCUCGCGCGUUUGAGGCCGUUCGAUUGGUCGCACUGGGAGAAGACGAAGCGGCAACGGAAAAGUAGUUUUCGAACGAUACCCGGCAAAGAUGACUGCAGAGGUAAAGAAUAAACAAGAGAACGAUCAGGAGAUGUCCGGAGUAGAGAAUAAUCACGAGAUGACUGAGGUAGAGAGCAAUCAUGAGAAAGUCUUGCAAGACUUGAAUUCGUCCAUAACCGACACCAAGAUUCUCGUCGAGAAAGUCAUGAAGAUGCGACUUCAGUGCAAAGAACUACAGAUGAAUAGCCUUAGAUUGUUUCAUCCUACGUGUAUAAAGAUUAUGAAUAUUUCCAACGAGCUAUCUGGCAAAAGUGUCAAUCAAUUGAACAAGGAUAAGAAAAAAAGAGAUAAAACAGUUAAACGGGAAGGAUAAGCAUAGAGUACAUUUUGAAAAAUCUGUCAAUCACGAGUGAUAGCUAUUACGAAUUAUAAACUUUGAUAAUAAAUUCUCAUAAAAUGAUGAUAA